AUGAGACGUCAUGAGCGUCCUGCUGCCCAACAUGGCGGACUUCGACACCAUCUAUGAGCUGGACGAGGAAGAAGAGCGUGUUGUGAGCGAAGAACACCUGGCUAGAUAUUGCCCCGAGCCCGUGAUUAUGCGAGGGGCUGGGCACAUCACCGUGUUUGGCCUGAGCAACAAAUUUGACACCGAAUUUCCUUCAGUUCUCACAGGAAAGGUGGCUCCAGAGGAGUUCAAGACGACCGUGGGCCGGGUGAACGCUUGCCUGAAGAAGAACCUUCCGGUGAACGUGAAGUGGCUUCUGUGCGGCUGCCUGUGCUGUUGCUGUACGGUGGGCUGCAGCCUAUGGCCUGUCAUCUGUCUCAACAAGAGGACAAGAAGAUCUAUUCAGAAACUGUUAGAGUGGGAAAAUAACAGGUUGUAUCACAAGCUGGGUCUGCAUUGGAAACUCAGCAAGAGGAAAUGUGAAAGCAGUAACAUGAUGGAAUACGUUAUUCUUAUAGAAUUCUUGCCCAAAUACCCUAUAUUCCGACCAGACUGAGGAGGCCGGGGGGCACUGUCCUGUUGUGUGACCUUUCAUUCCUACCCUUAGUGCCUUGUAGAUAUGUUGGAUUGACGGUCUACACUGCUGUGUCGUGAUACCCCCCCUCCCCCAUCCCAUCCAACCCCACCCCUCUUACCUUGUACAGUAGAAUCGCUACACUGUCACUUUGCUUUAGAGCACAUUUUGCACAUUUCCUGAUAUGGUAGUAGAUGCUCCUAUUUGUUGAGUUUUUAUUUGUUAGUUUUAACAAGCAAGGUAAUUUGCCGCUGGGUGCUGAUAGGUGCUGAGAAGUGAAAAAAUAAUACCACAGCGUGCGUAUAUCCCAUCUCGCUAUACAUGCACACAUCUCUCCCCAGCGCUCAGUAAGCCUCUAAGCCAACAUCGCGAACCUCACGCUGAAGCCUGAGGUCUUUGGAAAGAAUGCAGCACCUACAGGUGGUUGUGCACAGUUGCCUUAUGAGAAACCGUUGUACUGAGACAUUCAACGGCAGACGUGUCGCCGGUCAGUUAGAAAGGAAUAGAAAAGGGUUUGCAAGUACCACCUGCUUUCCAGUUUGCGUUUCCUUUCAUCUUAUACAUUUUUUUUUUUUUUUUUUUUUUUUUACUAAAUUGCAAAGUUAACGUAAAUGAGGAGGAGGAGGCUGGAUUAUUCUCACAUUUGCUUGUGGCAGCACCAUACUUUCUCCUGCACUUUGGAAAUGACCUUCUGUACAGGGAAUUUGAGAAACUAUCCUGUAAAUAUCACUUUAAGACAAGAUGUACAGUGUGGUAUGCCAUUGUUUACAUAAUGUAAUAUAGCUCAAUUUGUUUUUGCCAAGAUAUUAUUAUUGUACUAUAGAUUUGUUUAUGAACGAUGUUUGAGUAACUUUCCAGUUUGUACGGACCUGUUUACCUAGUAAGCCAUAUGAUUGCGAUGUUCAUUAAUGCCAGUGUGAGGACUGAAAAUUGCACUUGAGCACGUGGAAAUCCAGAACUAAAGUGUAGUAUUAUUGAGGUCUGGAUUCAGUGUGCUUUACAAUGACACUAGUGGUAUAUGUUACAUGUAGUUUUUGCCAACUAAGGAAGAGAUGACACUUAAGACAAUUUUUUUUCCGAGUAAAGUUGUUCAUUUCAAAACUGAAAUCUGUCAUACAUGAUGACCUUUUAAAAGCAGAAUAUUCACUGCACUUCUUUAUUUUGUUUCAACAAUUCUGUGUAGCUUAGUUUUCAUUUUUGUAUAUUUUCAAUGCUGUACUUUUUUUUCUCACCGUAGCUGUGUUUUAUGCAAGUAGAAUGUUACAGGUUAAAUAGUAACUUCACAGAAAAUCUGAAAUUUUAAUAUCGGUGUCUCAGAGAUUAGUACGUAUGUGAGUUGCAAAGAAAUCAACCAGUUUCACUGUGGACAAAUUUGUACAUCAGUGUGUACAAAUGUACACACUGAUGUACAUUUCUCUGUUAUAAAAGACACUUUUGUAAAAUGAACAGUUAAAUAUUUUUCAGCUUUUUUUCAAGUUUCUUAAUCAUUUUCAAUUUUAGUCCCUUCUAAGAUUGGGUGAAAAAAGUAAAUGACAGCAAUUAUUAUUAUUAUUUUAAACUCUCACAGAGGCGUACGUUUUAUGGUGAGUGAACUUAGGUACAUUUAAUACUUUUGAAUAUGAAUGUGCUUUACAGUCAUUUAAAAACAUCACUAGACCCAAAUUUUGCUUGGUUUAUGGUUAGUGAGAGAUCAGCAUUAGCUGCUGUUGUGUAGUAGUGCGGAAUUCAGAGCAGUGUACUUCAGCUGUUGAGCCCCUGCUCAGAGGACACUUAGGGAAAGGGGUCCCUGCGUUUCCAAAUUUUGGCAAGGAAAAACUGGUGCCCCCCCCCGCGCAAACUUUUUAAAUGAGAUGAGGCACCAUCAAUUCCAGACUAGCUUAUUUCAAAUUUUUAACAGUUGCUAAGAACCAUAAGAUAAGUCCAUUUUUUGCAUAUGAAUUUUCAUGGAACCGCGACAUAAUACUGUCGGUGUUCGCUGAAAUGAGUAGGUUUUUAAAUAUAUAUUUUUAAACUAUCGAUACACACAAUAGUAAAGGUAUCUAUUUCAACAUAAAAUGAGAGAUUUUUUGUGAAGUUGCUCUUUAAGGUUAUGUUUAACCAUACAUAUCACUUGUUAUGUUCAGUGUUAGUCCUGUUUUCAUUUCGUCAAAAUGGCGGGAUUAAGACUGAUCCCUGAGUUGUUUCUUAAGAGAGCGGCGGUGCGAGCGAAAGUGAACUUAAGAGUGAAAUUUCCUGUCUUAACAGUGUGGAGGAGGGUCGAUUACUUUUCAGCGUCUGUCCCGUUCGAAAGUACUUGUAAAUGUUUAUCAUUACUCAAUUCUCCAGGAAAGUGGAAAUAAAUCAUUUACUUUGAAUGUUUUCCACAUUUGUUAUGAUCAGUAAGUGUUGACAUUGUUCUGAUUUUGUUACAUUUUUCCUGUUGAAACUGGGGAGAAAUUUAGAGUACUGUUGAUGGCACAGACACCAAAAGUUUGCCUGCUAAGGUUAAGUUUAGUACAACAAAGAAGUGUUUGAUCAAAGUGUUUGAUCAAACCAUGAUCCUGAUCAGACAAAUAGAACAUUGGCUUUGGUUACCUCUCAGCUGUCUUCUUUAGCUGUUUGAAUUUUACCUCUGUCCUGUUACUUCAACAUAUUGUGGUUUAUAAUUCCUUUGUCAUGAAAAGAAAACUACGUAUAUAGAGAUAAGCAACAGAGCUCACAACAGUAACAAUUUUAGUGCAAUCUUCAACUGAAAACAAGUGAAAGAUGUUAAUGUCCAAAUAGUGCUCGUACAAUUAUUGACCGCAAGGUUUCAAUGUAUUUGUUUUGGUCGGUCCAAAUCGAAUUCCUGUUACAGGGUUGACAACAUAAUUUUAGGUAGAAAAAUGGCAAUAACAAAUAUUUGCUGACAAUAUCUGAAUAUCUAUAAUGCGUUCUGUAGCAUUUUUAUAAUGGCAUGAUGAACAAAACGCUAAUAGCAGUAAGACGUCUAUUUAGCUUCAUAUUAUGUUUUUUUUUGUUUUUUUUGUCCAUUGUUGACACAACACUUACGGCAUCUUUAUGGAGGUGUGCUGCCUAAUCACAUGUUCAUUGUUUUACCACAUUAUGGCUUGAAUUGAAAGUCAAUACGGUUGGUUGGAAUACCUAAACUGGAGUUUGUACAAUUCAGUUGCAACCAUCCAGCACUUCUACAUUGUACUUUGUGUGUCUGAUUCAAGCCCGGUGGAACAAAUGUUCUAUUCAAUGUCAUUUAGACCGCAGCAGACUCAUCAUGUGGGCAAAAUGUAACGGAACAGGGUACUUGGGGGAAUGUGUCAAAACCACCUGUCACCUGUGUGCCUGUGAGAUGGAAGCCACAAUUCUCAUUGAAAAACUCUUAAUAAAAUCUGAGGGAGUUGCAUACCGA